GCCCCUGUCAAGCUGGAUUUUCAGACAGAUACAUCCUCCCAGAAGAAUGUCUGGCUCAGGCGUGAAGUGUGUCACCACCCCUUGUGUCACCUCCUGCCCAGAUGCCAAAGUGGUGGUCCAUCCACCCCCACUGGUCCUGACCUUACCUGGACUGAGCCUCAAGACCUCUCCGAAUCAGUGCCUUGUGGAAAGCCAGACUUCAUGCCUCACUAAUGGCUGUGAGGUAGGCUGUGAUGCGGGCUCCAAGGCCAUUGUCACCAAAACUUCAGGCUUGGUUGCUCUUUCUGGUGGAGAUACUCCUUGUUGUAUAACCUCCUGCCCUGAUUCUAAAGUGGUGAUUCAGCCUCCCCCGGUCUGCAUCACCAUCCCGGGUGCAGUCCUCACCAGCUACCCCAAUGAGUGCAUCAUCUCAAGCUCAACCAACUGUAUCACCAGCGGCGUCCAACGCCCUGCAUUGCCCCGUUCCACAUCGGUCUCUGAUAGCUCCUUCACUCCACCAGAUCUAUCUCGCUCAGCCUCCGUCCCAUCAGGACUCGACAGCUCAGCCCGAUGCCUAAAACAAGGACCCUCAAACAAAGUGGUGAUAUACCCUCCACCAAUUGAGAUCACCAUUCCUGGCCCUGUCCUUGAGAUAGCUGCAGAAGAGUGUACUGUGGAAGUCUACAACCCUUGCACUGAUAACAAUGCCCUGACUGGCAGUGACCAGGCGGCCAUCACCAGCGGUGACGAGGGUGAAGUCAAAGCUCUAAUUCCACAGGCCAAAAGUUGCAACACAAUAUCUGGGCUGAUGGACACUUCAACCUGCAUUUCCCAGGGACCAGAGAUGAAAAUUGUUAUCCAGCUCCCUCCUAUUGAAGUCGAGCUUCCGGGACCUAUCCUGGAAGUUUUUCCAGAAGCGUGUAAGGUAGAAACUCUGAGUCCAUGUCCUCCAAAAACCGAGGCCAUCGCUGGUAAUGAGAUCAAAGCCCUCUGUGACAGCAAGAUGCCCUCAACUGCCCUUGCGGCUACCACCACCAGCAUAAAACGCCCACUGCCCGACGUCCGACGUCCUCCUCGACCCUGGGCUGAAAUGUACAGCCGGUCAAUAACACCCCGAAGCUUUGCAUUAGCACAACAAUCCCGACUGGCAAAAUACCGCAGUGCCUUAUACUCCAUGCAUUCCCAAUCAUCUUACUAA